AUGUUUGGGAACACUAGGGAUAGGUGCUAUAGGCUACACCCUCCAGUGAAAAGGAAACAGUCUUCUUUGAAGGAAAUUGCCCCCAUUCAACUUCCUGGGGUUAAUGAGGAUGGCUUACAGGAUGAGGCUCAGAACUCUCCAACCUCCUUUAUUUCUAUUACUCCUCCUCCUCCUAAGGAAGUGCUAAGAGAGGAACCCAAUAUCAUUACUAUAAUUUCCCCCACAGUUCAUUCCUUUGAGGAGAGGCUACAGGAUCCAAUUCAGGAACAACAAUUGCAUCAUGUGAUUGAAGGAGAAAAGAACAUCAGGAACACUGCCCUUGCUGAGCUUCCUCAUCAGGGACCUCUGGACACUUGGAGAAGAGGAAAACUUUUUGAAAGAAUUGAUAGAUUCCUGGUUAAUCAAGCUUGGCUGGAUACCAACUUUAUGACUACAAUUUCCCAUCUUCCUUACACAUGUUCUGAUCAUAGGCCUUUGCUUAUUUCUAUAUCCCCUAAUAUUGUUGCUCCCUUACCAAGUCUGUUUGGGUACAUGUUUCCUCCUUCCCUCCUUGGAUUAAACUAUGGUAAAUUCAAAAAAAAAGUUGCUAAAUUGCUGAAAGCCUGGAAUUGGAAUUGCUUUGGCAACUUUACAGCAAAAGUGGAAGAGGUUGAAGCUGCUGUGAAACAAACUAAAUUAAACAUUCAAAUGGGGCUCUCUGAUGAACAGAACCUGAUAUUAGCUAAUGUAAAUCUGCUUCAAGCUAUUCAUUGGGAGGAAGAGUUCUAUAAACAGAAGGUUGCCAUCAAAAAAUUUGUUGAUGGGGAUAGGAAUACAAAGUUUGACCAUGCCUGUAUUAAACAAAGAAGACAUUCCAACACCAUCCUGAAGAUUAAAAAUCACAAUGGCAUUUGGGUCCAAGGUACUGAUCUAAUUCACAGAGAUGCUAUUGAUCACUUUCAAAACCUUUUAUCUGAACCCCAUAAGGCUACUCUCCUGAACUUUGACCCUAACUUACUUAAUGACAAAUUCUCUGAUAUUCACUGCUUGGAUUUAACAUUUAUUCCUACUGAGGAAGAAAUUUGGAAAGCUUUAUGUUCUAUUGAUGGUGACAAGGUGGCUGGUGCAGAUGGUUUUACUUCUACUUUCUACAUAAAACUUGGGAGGUGA